AUGGCACCCUCAGCCUCCAAACAAAAGCGCCUUGCCGAAAAAGCAGCCAAAAAAGCCGCCGGUGGUACAGGUGCCUCAACGUCAACGUCUACGCCGUCGGGGUCAGUCAAUGGCGGAAGCAGUGUCAAUACCCCAAUCACCAGCAUGAGUGCUGCCACGAGUCAGGAGGAUCUCACUUCGAUGGCGAAGCUUAACAUUGCAACAGAAAGGAGCGCAGCGGGAGUGCUUGUAUCCGAUGUGAAAGCUCGAGACAUCAAGAUAGAUUCGUAUACUCUUUCGUUCCACGGCCGUCUUCUUGUUGAGAAUGCAGAGAUAGCGCUCAACUAUGGCCAGCGGUAUGGUCUUUUGGGCGAAAAUGGCUCUGGAAAGUCUACAUUCCUCCAAUCUAUUGCUGAGCGCGACAUAGAAAUACCGCAACACAUCGAUAUCUACCUUGUACGUGGUGAGGCCGAACCCUCAGAAGUCAACGCUGUCGACUUCAUCGUUGCUUCCGCCAAACAAAAGGUUGCUAAGCUUGAGGCUUACAUAGAGGAGCUUUCGGUGGCAGAGGAUGUUGAUGAAGUCGCUCUCGAUGCUGCAUAUGAGGAGCUUGAGGAGCUUGAUCCUAAUACAUUCGAGACGAAAGCGGGAAGUAUCCUCCACGGUCUUGGAUUCUCUCAAGCUAUGAUGAAGAAACCGACAAAAGAUAUGAGCGGUGGUUGGCGGAUGCGUGUGGCUCUCGCCCGAGCGCUUUUCGUCAAACCUCAUCUGCUUCUGCUCGACGAACCCACUAACCAUCUCGAUCUCGGUGCCGUAGUGUGGCUUGAAGCGUACCUUUCAACGUAUAAUCAUAUCCUCGUGAUCACAUCGCACUCCCAGGAUUUCAUGGAUUCGGUCUGUACGAACAUCAUGGAUUUGACUCCGAAGAAGAAGCUGGUCUACUACACCGGUAACUAUACUGUGUACGUGCGGACAAAGAAGGAAAACGAAGUGAACCAGAUGAAGGCGUAUAACAAACAACAGGAAGAAAUUCUGCACAUCAAAAAAUUCAUUGCUUCUGCCGGUACCUAUGCUAAUCUUGUGCGUCAAGCUAAAUCUAAACAAAAGAUCCUCGACAAGAUGGAAGCCGCCGGACUGGUCGAGAAAAUCGAGAUAGCCAAACCUCUGCGUUUCAACUUCGAAGAUAUUCGGAAACUCCCGCCGCCCAUCAUUGCGUUCGAUGAGGUGGCUUUCUCGUACUCGGGUAAGAAGGAGGAUUAUCUCUAUGAAGGUCUAUCCUUCGGUAUAGAUAUGGAUUCUCGAGUAGCCAUCCUCGGUGCCAAUGGUGCUGGUAAAUCAACGCUGCUGCAUUUGAUUACCGGAGUACUCCAACCGUCGCAGGGAACCAUCUCGAAACAUGCCGCUUUGAAACUAGCAAAAUAUUCGCAACACAGCGCGGAUCAGCUACCCUACGACAAGUCCCCAAUUGAAUAUUUCCAGGAGCUGUUCAGCCAGAAGUUCCCGGAGAAGGAUAUACAAGCAUGGCGAGCACAGCUGGGUCGCUUUGGUUUGUCGGGAGGCCAUCAAACAUCGCCAAUACGGCAGUUAUCAGAUGGACUAAGGAAUAGGGUGGUAUUCGCUCAAUUGGCCAUGGAGCACCCGCACAUCCUCCUGCUGGAUGAACCCACUAAUCAUUUGGAUAUGGAAUCCAUUGAUGCCCUGGCGAAAGCCAUCAAAGAGUUCGAGGGAGGAGUGGUUAUCGUGUCCCACGAUUUCCGUUUAAUCUCUCAAGUAGCUGAGGAACUAUGGGAGGUAGCAAAUAAGACCAUCAGGAACCUGACGAAGGACGACAUCAGCAUCGUCGAUUAUAAGAAGAAUUUGGUUCGACAAAGUAAUGCCGCUAUCGAGAAAGCGAAACUGUUCAGCAAAACAGCGCCCAAGGGCAAGACCUAAAUGAAAGUUUGUUGUAUUGUUACGAUUGUCGACGAUUGCAUGUGCAUGUGGUAUACUUUUACAUACAAUACAUACUAUAUAGACAUCAUAGAACAGGGGCCAAAGUGAAUGAGGUUGGUGGAUAUAACUAAGACUUUUCAGUAAUGUCAUUUACUCGAGGUAUAAAGGGAUUCACAAGAGUUCGCUAUAGACCCAACCAGAUGCAGAUAAAAAUGAUAAUGCUAGUAAUCUGUGAUUUGCUGAUACAUAAACAUUUGCUUGAUUUGGUGACUUCGUAUUCUACCAUCCAGUGUC